AUGCCGCAAAACGCAGCCUUUGAGCAGGCGAUUAAAAUCACGCCGCUAGGAUCGCAUCGCUACUCGGCAGUCUUACAGGAUGACUGGUGUAUAGGAACAGUCCCUCAUGGCGGCUACACAACCGCGCUCCUCUACCGCCUCGCCACAACCCAUUUUGCGCACACCCAUCCAACCCACUACAAAGAUACCGCAACCCCCAUAUCCAUCCAACUCGCCUUCCUCCGUCGCACGUCUGUGGGACCGGCUACGUUGACCGUCGAAGACAGCAAACUGGGUGCGCGUACGAGUACCAUCCACAUUACCUUGCAACAACCGAGUGAGAAGACUGGGAAGGACGAGGUGAAGGUUACGGGGUAUAUCACCGUGAGCCCGGCGAGCGUGGAGGUGGGAAUUAGCGCAAGGACGAACUGGGAGUUGUACCCGCCUGCACCAGGAGUUGAUCUUCUGGUGCUUGGGAAGACAGGGGAAAGUGGGAUUUGGAAACGGUUUAGACCCCCAUUUACAGAAUUCCGGAAGGCGUCUAGGCAUUUGGAGCUGCAUUACCCCAAGGAAUCCAAGACUGAGGGUGGAAAGCCGGGGGUUGUAGAUCAAUUGGCGCGGUUCUGUCCUGGUGGUGACAGUCAGGGUCGCUGGACGAAUGAAGCCUUGGUGUACCUUGUGGAUAUGUUCCCCAAGGCAUUGGAACGGUUUGACCAGAUGGCUUCAUCAGGGACCCCAGGUAUCGCAGGCAAGUCGUGGUACCCGACAGUGACGCUGAAUGUGGAUUUGAAGAAGCGGUUACCGGCUGAGGGUGUGGAGUGGCUGUAUAGCCGAGUGACUAACAAAGUUAUGCGCGAUGGGCGGAUGGAUAUCGAGGUGGUUGCUAUGGAUGCUUCGGGGGAGGUGGUGGCUGUCGCGACACAGGUUGGAUUGGUGAUGAGUGCGAGCCGAAACAUUGGGCGAAGACAGAAACUAUAA